UUCAGCUUGUGCCACUUAACUUGAAAUUAUAUAGGAAAUAAAGCAAAUAAACUAUAAGCGCAAAGUGCAACGUUCGCCUCUCUAUCGUACAAAGAUUGGGAUUACUUAAAACUAACUGCUGCACAGUAUUUAAUGUGAAAUAAUCAUAACAGUGGAAAAAUAUGUAGUGAUUUUACAAACGAUUAAAUUCCUUGUGAAAUGGAAUGUGUAGUAGGGACAAUAUUGUUUCAAAAGAGUAAACGUCAAGUGACAAUAAAGAAAAGUCAAUGACUGUAAGUGUCACACAUUCCGCGUCAAGUGGUAUAUAUGUUUUCUAUCGAAUAAAACCUAAGUUGUAUUAUUGAUACUUUGUAAAAUGCGUCGUAUAAAAUGGAAGGAUAUAUAUGCUCAGAAUUUCAUUAUGAUGGCAACAUUUUUACGUUUCGUGACGUCCCAAUGUUCGGAAACACAUAGACAGGCUUGCUCAUUCCCAUUCAUUCAACUACAAGCUAUUAGUGCCGCCAUUACCCCAUCUGAAAAAUAUGUCCCUGAUUACAACGAAACAACUCUGAGAAAUGUAUGCAAUUGGUACACCGACUACAUUAAUUGUUCAAAGCCGUUUUUACCUACAUGCAACACACAGACGGUGUCACAAAUACAAACAUAUGACAUUACUCUGGGAUUAAUUUGUAAAGACUUGUUCAAUGGCUAUUUGUCAAACAGAAACUGCUACGACAGACUAAAAUCAUCAUAUCAAUCGUGUAAAGACAAAGAACUCGCUACAGUUAAAAAAAUGGAUCAGUCAGUUUCAGCAUACACGUACAUUCUUUGCAGUGCGUCAAGAAAAUAUGCUCUUUGUGUUUACACGGCAACAGCUCUUGGCUGUUCUAUGUCAGCGGCAGAUGUGUAUUUCAAACUUUUAAAUCAUACUAUAAGUAGCGUAUUUGAGAUUAAUAGUUACCAAUGUACAUUACGUCAUCCCAUGGAUGAAAUAUCAAUAUACACAACAUCGCCUUCCACAGCUUCAGCCGCUUGGUCUGCUCAAACUACCAUGGAUAAUACUCGAGAUAAACAGAAACAUUAUAAAGAAGUGUCUUGUUCCGUUUGUGUACGAGCAUUUUCGUUGUUAACGUAUAUUAUAGUUCUAUAUUUAACCACCUUUAUGUAGCAACAUGUGAAUGAUAUUAAAGAACGUGGUUGUGAUUUAAACUAUUUUGGUGCUAUGCAUUAAUUCUCAAACAUUUAAGAUACAGUAACCUCAUUUCUGCAUCACUAUUGAUACAUUGAACAAUUGUAAAACUGUAUACCUUAAUAAAAUUUGUAUUACAUUUA